AUGGACGAUAAUAAUAUCACGAAUUCUCAAAUGAUUGAUAUGACCGAAACAACAACUAUGAAAACAACUACUACCAAUUAUACUAAUCCUAUUGAACCAACUGUAAUCAAUACUACUGAUAAUAAUAGUAACAAUAAUACUGGUAUUUCUUUUCAGCAUUCUAGAAACAUUAUUAAUGAAAAAACUGAUGAUGAUAAUAUUAAGGCUGAUAACGUCGAUAAUGAUGAUGACGAUCGUAAUGAUGAUCAGAGUAAAACUGUAAUUCAUAUACUACGAUGUAAACAUUGUAAUUUCGAAUCAAUAUUACGUUCACGUUUCGAUAGACAUUUACCAUGUUCACAACAAAUGGACAGUUAUCAAUUAUAUACAUGUUCAAUAUGCUUUACCAGUUCAACAUCAAAAUUAAUUAUGGAUGAACAUAGAAGAGUACAUCAUUUGAAUACCAAUAAACGUUUGAGUAAUUUUCGUUUUUGUUUUAAUGAUGAAGAGGGGAGAGUGAAUUAUGUACAGUUCGUAUAUUGUGUACUACUAAAUAUAAUCAUUGAAACCAUUGAACCAUUUAUAAAAGACAAUAUAGACAAUCAAACUACAUCAAAUGUAUCUAUUCAAAAUCCUUCUAGUAAAUUAUCCAUAUUGAAUAAUGAUUUACAGAAUACUUCAAUGACUUCAUCAACAAUUAAUCAUUUUUCUCCAACAAUAACAUUAUCACAUAAUGAUAAUAAAGUAUUAAAUUAUUCUAAUCUAAUGAAUAUUGUACAAAAUCAAUCAUUUAAUCCAAUCAAAUGUUUUUAUAAUAAUAUAGAACAAAUAUAUGAAAGUAAACAACAACAACAUCAGCAAUCACCAUCAUCUCAACAUUCACAUUCUCAUUAUCAACAAGAUGAUCAGAAAGUAUCACAAAUUAUUGAUUUCACACCAUUUGUAGAUCCAAAACAUUAUGAUACAAAUUUAUUAGAUUUCAAUCAGAUUAAUAAUUAUAAUCAUAAUCCUUUUGGGAUUAAUUCAACAAGUCAAUGGAUGUUUUCACAUAAUCAUUCAUUAAUACAAUGUUUUAUUUGUCGUCAGCCUAUAAUAAAUAGCAGUGGAAAUGAUGAUGGGAUUGGUAGUGGUAAUAGUGUAAUUGAAAAUCUUGUCAAACAUUUAACAAUUACACAUAUGUUACCAUUGCCAAUUGUUAUGAAUUAUGUAAUAGCAUAUAUGACUGAGAAAUUCACUGAAUAUAACCCAAUUGAUAUAAGAAAUAAUAAAGUUAAUAAUAAUGAUAAUUCUAUUAUUGAGUCUAUAACAACAUCACAUACUACUGUCAAUACAAAUGAUACUACUGUUACUACUAAAAAUAGUCUAAAUACACAAAAGUUUGUAAAUAAAUUAAAUAUUGAUCCAUCAUGGAAUAAUGUUUAUAGUAGUGAGAAUGAUUUACCUUUUAAUAUACCGAAUGUCUUGUACAAAGAUUCAAUGAUCAAUCGUUCAUUGGCUACUGGAAAUAAUAAUAGUACCGAAAAUAUAUCCCUGAUGCCUGUAAUUAAUGAGGUAUUGAAUGAUUGUAGUGAGUGGUUAAGAAAUUAUAAUCAAACUCAUAAAAAUACAAAUGAAUUCAAUUUAUUAACUAAUACAUCUAUGGUUCAAACAAAUUUCGCAGCAUUGGCAGCCGCUACAGUAGCUGCAUAUGGAUGUUUGCCUGGAUCAAAAAAAUAUGAACAAUUACAUAAUACAACAUCAAUGAAUGAGUUUGAUUCGAAUCUCUUCAGUUUAUCGACUUCAUCAACUGAAAUGAUGAAUACUAUUAGUUCACCUACUGAAAUAUUAAACAGUACUUCUACGAUUACUACAUCUACCCCUUGUAAUCUUAGUACUAGUAGUAGCAUCAACAGUAGCAUUUGUAGUAGUAUUAGUAGUAGUACUGAUAUGACUAUGAGAAACAUUCGAAGUCAAAUGAAUAUAACCGAACAGAAGAGAAGAUUGAAUGAAUCCCUACAUGCAUGUAAACCAUAUUUGUCCGAAGCGAAACGCACAAAAUGUGAAGAGAAUGAAAACCAUAAUAUUGAAGUAAUUGGAUUGACUAGUCAAAAACAAGAUGAAAAUAAUAACAAUUUUUGGAAACUACUCAAUUUAUUUCCACAUUUCCCAAUGUUAUGGCCUCCUUCCUCAGUUUCUAGUUUUGGUCCUAUUUCCUCCUCCUCCUCAUCAUCAUCAUUAUUAAAAUCUUCAUAUAAUGAAUUAAACAAUAACGAGUUAUGGCAAAAGUAUGCUAAGCAUACAAUUCACUUAUUAGAGAAAAAUCAAACAUUAUUUAAUAAUAAUAACAAUAAUAAUAUUACCACUAAUACUACUACUAAUGAUAAUAGCAAUAAUAAUAAUACUCAUUUUACCAAUCGAAUAACAGAGAUCAAUGACAUGAAUGGUUCAUCAACAAGAAACGAGUUAAAAUUAAACAUUGAACAUUUCAAUAGUCAUAACAACAAUCGAAUAAUUACAUCAUCACCACAGAUUGAAUUAACUAUAUCAAAUAAUAAUGAUAAUAAUACAAGUAUUAAUCUUUCUACAACUAUUACCAAUACUAAUAAUAUAACAACAAUCAAUAAAAAUGAUAAUCAUUGGAAUGUUAAUACUAUACCAGUUUGUUCAACUUUCUAUCAUACUCCACAAACAUGUUCAUUUGAAUAUAAUAAUAAUAAUAACAAUAAUAAUCAUAAUAAAUUAAACAAUGAGCAAGAAACUAUUGACAAGUUAACUCCAUUGGAAUCGGAAAAUCUUAUUCAUCAUUCAAAUGAUCAUAUUGAUCAUAGUCCAAUUCAACAUCAUGCAAAUAAUACAAUGAAUUGUAAUGUUAAUAAUAGUACAUGUAGUAGUGUGUCGAAUGAAUUAUAUGAUCAAAAUUUACCAUGUUCUACCCCGGAACAACAACAACAACAAGUAUAUUCAACUACUAAUACUACUACUACUACUUCUACUAGUAGUACAAUACAUAUUAAUGGUGCUGUACAUAAUACGUUGAGAAAAACACGUUCUGAUAUGAAAGUAAUACAUAGAUAUUUAAUACAAAUUAAACAUGAUACACGAGAAAUUCAUCAAAUACCUUGUCAUGAAUUAGACAGUUAUAUACAAGACUUUGUACUUACCGCGAAAAAGAAAGAUGGACACGAAUAUGAACCGGAAUCGUUGAAAGCAUUUGUACAUUCACUAGAAAGACAUUUAAAACAUCAUGGCUAUUCACAUUCAGUGCUUAAAGGUAAUGCAUUCGCUGGAACACGAUCUGUGUUGAAUCAACGUUUAAAUGAAUUACGUGCACUCAGUCGAUCUGGUGUAUCAACUAAUGGUGCAUAUGCCUAUUCAUCAAAUGGUGCCAAUAAUCAUAAUAACAGUAAUAAACGUGUAUCGGGAGUUAGUAAUGAUUCAACAUCAGAGAACAGACCAAUUAAUUAUACAAGAAAGCAUAAUUCUAAUCCAAAUGGAUUAUCUUCAGCUGAACUACUUCAAGCUCGUAUACUUGGUACAGAUAAUCCUCAGGCAAUACUGAAUAGUUUAUGGCUUAUGAACAGAACUCAAUUCAAUAUUGGCGGUACACAAAGACACCGAAAUUUAGUUUGGGGUCAAUUUCAACUGAUCACUGAUGAUAAUGGAAUUAAAGCAAUUAAAUUCACUCCAUUAUUUGAAUCUGCUGAAGUACGUUAUUGUCGUGGUUAUGGUGGAACACGUGGUGGUGCUGCAAAUCAUGAUCCAUUAGCAAAAACACAACCACUUAGUUGUACUGGUAGUGCUAAACGUCAACCUCUUCCAUUCAAUUGUGUUGAAUUAUUUGAAAUAUAUGCUAAUUUACGACCAUUAGAAGCUCGUGGUGUUUCUGAGCCAUUCUAUCUAUGUCCAGAUAUUAAUUGGGAUCAAAAUAAUCAAAAUGGAAUUUGUAAUAGUUGGUUUAAAACAAAUGCAGCUGGAUCACAAUUAUUAUCACGUAUACCACGUUCACUUGGUUUGAAACCUUCUAAAGAGCCAAUUUCAAUAUCUGGUAUAAAUUCAUCUAAUAUACACAAAUUACAAACAUCUAAUUCAUUGAUUCCUAAUGAAAUAAAAGAUUCUGAUAGAUUAUUUACAGAUCAUUGUAAUCAAAUCUUGUCAAAUUUAUCAAAUUAUCGAGAUAUUUAUCAGAUACAAUCACAAAAUAACACUAUUACUAAUGAUCAUCAUCAUAAUAAUAAUAGUCAUAGCAACAAUUAUUAUUUCAAUAAUCUUAGUCGUUCAAUAUCCAAUAACAAUUUAAUUUCACAGAAUUUAUUUAAUUUUUUCCCCUUUCUAUUUCCACCAACACCAUCAUCAUCAUCAUCAUCAGCAGCAGCAGCUACCAUAACAACAACAACAACGGCAACAACCUUAGCAUCAUCGGUGGAUGAGCAAAGCUUAACUUGUCAUUCAUUAUUGAAUGCAUCAAUUCCAUUACCUAGUAUUCUGCAAAAUUUAAAUUCUAGUUUAUUUCAACAAACGUUUAAGGAGAAUGUCUCAACGAUUCGUGAAGAGUAUAAUAAUAGUAAUAUUGAUAAUAACAAUAGUAAUAAUAAUAAUAAUAAUAAUAAUCGUGGUAAUUUUCAAUUUUCACAUGAACAGUUUGAAGAAGAACAGUGUGGACACAAUUCGACUCGGAAUAAAAUUUCUUCACCAACAACUGGAGAUGAAGAUAAUGAUAGUAGAGGAGAAGGAGGACAAAUCGAUGUAAAUGAAGGAGGUGAACUAGAAGUAGACGAUGAGGAAACGCAAAAUAUUAAAAUAAUUAAUUCAAAUUGUUUUUCUCCAACAUCAGAAACUGAACCAGAAAUUGAAAAUUUAUCAACAUUAGAUGAUAAUUCAUCGAAAUUACUCACAAAAUUAUCUUCAACAAUUAGAAAUGAUCUACUCCAUUCUCCCGAUAGUAAUGGACAAUAUGAAUCUGUUCCUUGUAUUUUGUCGAGACAUAAUCGUUGA